GAUUGCACUGCUCACUGGGCACCAUGGCUGACACAGGCAGAUAUACCCAACAGCAAAAGAAGACCUAUGAACCAGAGCCUAGCCUCCUGACUACAUCUUCAGGGGUUCCUAUUGGAGACAAGAAAAAUUCCCUGACCGUGGGAAUUCGUGGGCCGCUUUUAAUUCAGGAUUCCGUCUUUACAGAAGAAAUUGCCCAUUUCAACAGGGAGCGGAUUCCCGAGAGGGUUGUGCAUGCCAGAGGUGCAGGAGCCUUUGGCUACUUUGAAGUGACCAAUGACAUUACACAGUACUGCAAAGCCAAAGUCUUCUCUCAUGUCGGCAAAAGGACCCCAAUCGCUGUGCGAUUCUCCACUACAACUGGAGAGUUGGGCAGCAAUGACACUGUGAGAGAACCCCGUGGCUUUGCAAUUAAAUUUUAUACAGAGGAAGGGAAUUGGGACUUGGUAGGGAACCACACACCCGUGUUCUUCAUCAGGGAUCCCAUCUUGUUCCCAUCACUUUCCCAUGCUCAGAAGAAGAAUCCUCAGACGCAUUUGAAAGAUCCCAACAUGUUCUGGGACUUUGUCAGCCUGUGCCCUCAGUCCCUGCACAAGAUCACUCAUCUGUUCACCGACCGGGGGAUACCUGAUGGAUAUCGCCACAUGCACGGAUUUGGGAACCAUGUUUUCAAGAUGGUGAACGCACAAGCAAAGCCCCUCUAUUGCAAAUUCCACUACAAGACCGACCAGGGCAUAAAGAACCUAACCAGAGAGGAGGCCAAAGUUGUAGCCGGCAAAGACCCGGACUAUUCAUUGCGAGAUCUCUUUGAGGCUAUAAAGAAAGGAGACUAUCCCUCGUGGACGCUCUCCAUCCAAGUCAUGACUUUUGAGCAGGCUGAAAAAAUGUCAUUUAACCCUUUCGACAUUACAAAGGUCUGGUACCAAAGUGAAUUCCCUCUGAUUCCAGUCGGGAAGCUGGUUUUAAAUAAGAACCCGACAAAUUAUUUUGCUCAAGUGGAACAGAUUGCGUUUGAACCCAAAAACCUUGUCCCGGGGAUUGAGCCAAGUCCUGACAAAAUACUGCACGGACGUAUUUUCGCCUAUUCGGACGCUUUGAGAUAUCGCCUUGGAGUGAAUUACGCACAAAUCCCUGUCAACCGCCCCCAAGGUGUAAAGGUGGCAAACUAUCAGAGAGAUGGAGCCAUGGCCAUAGACAACCAAGGGAAUGCGCCAAGCUACUACCCAAACAGCUUUGGGGGGCCGAAAGACAAGGCUGAGUAUAAAGAGCUGGUGUAUCAUGUCAGUGGGGAUGUGGACAAAUUCGACGAUAAAGAGGCGGAUGACACGUUCCAGGUUCGGGAAUUCUACCAGAAGACCUUGAACGACAAGGAGCGGCAGGACCUGUGUGAGAACAUCGCAAGCAGCCUUAUAGGAGCACAGCAGUUCAUCCAGGACAGAUCUGUAAAGAACUUUGCAGCGAUCGAUCCUGAUUACGGGGCCCGUGUUCAGAAAGAACUGGAUAAACUGCGAGCUGCUUCUCUAAAGAAGGAAGAGCCCAAGAAAACUGAGCCGAAGCCUCUGUUCUACCAGCAGAAAAACUACUGAGAAGAAACUUUGCUCUUGUGAUGAUCGAAAAAGAUUUUUAUUUUUAUGACACAUUGAUGCUCCCAGUACAAUAUUGAUGGUAUUCCCUAAUAAAUUGAAAAUGAUCUUUUCUUGA